AACUUCGGUUUGUCGAGGAGACCUUUAUUUUGAAAACAUUCCUCAAGCGUGAGCCACGAUGACGCCUUUUCACUGGCAGCCAUUUUGUAGGUCACGCCUACCGGAAACGGUGUCUGCACCUGCACCGACAGCAGAACCGAAAUCGAAGGAAUCCCGGUCGAGUCCCGUCACGUUUCGCUCGUCUCUCCCACUCCAACCCCGGUCACCGCGGUUUCUUGUGCGGCCGGGUCGAGCGCCUUUUCCCGCCGCCGUGUCGGAGGACUGAUCGCUGAAGCGUGGGGGGAUUUUCCAGAGAGCGGGGGGAAGAGGGAGGAAGGGCAGGUCCCUCACCAUCAUCACUUUCACUCCCUUCAUCAUUUCCAAACAUCAUCAUCAUCAACGCGACGAGGCGUGUCUGCGUUCGCUAGAAAGAAACAUCCCGGAACACUAAAACCAGCAACGGCACCCAACAAAAUGCAUCGCGUUGACCGAACGCCGAGCCCGGUCGCCGUUUGAUGUAGCACGUUUUGUUAUUUAUUUAUUUUUUUUGAUCUGGAAAUUUCUUGACUUUGUUGAGAGAGAGAGAGCGAGCGAGCACUGCGGCCUUGCAUCCAGCUGAAUGAACGAUGCGGACUUUACCAGCACCCUGAUUUAGCACCGCAUUUUCCACGGAUGACCGUUUCAGUACACCAAACUGCGUCUCUUUUCUCCGAUCUGCGUGUUUUUAUGGGAGUGACGGAUAGCUAGUAGCCGAGAUAAAAUGUGGAAGUGGAGGCGGCUGAUGCGGUUGUCCAACCGCUCCUUAAUGGCCUUCAUCUUUUUCUUCUCCAUGUCCACGACCUGCCUCUACUUCAUCUAUGUGGCUCCCGGAAUAGUCAACACAUAUUUCUUCAUGGUACAGGCUCAGGGUAUCAUGUUACGAGACAAUGUGCGGACCAUUGGUCACAUGAUCAGGCUAUACACCAAUAAGAACAGUACUCUCAACGGCACAGAUUAUCCAGAUGGAAAUAACUCUAGCGAGUAUAUCGCUCAGCCAACCACAUACCUCCCUGAGAACUUCACAUAUGCUCAGAACCUGCCCUGUCCCGAACGGUUACCUUCUAUGAAGGGUCAGAUGGAAGUGAACAUGACAGAGGUUCCUAUGGAGGAAAUCGAACUGAGGCUCAAACAUCUGGACAUUCAAUUUGGAGGCCACUGGAAGCCCAAAGAUUGCAAACCACGCUGGAAGGUGGCCAUUUUAAUCCCUUUUAGGAAUCGCCAUGAGCAUCUUCCCAUUCUCUUUCAGCACCUCGCCCCUAUGCUCCAACGCCAACGCUUGCAGUUUGCCUUUUAUGUCAUUGAACAGAUGGGUACUCAGCCGUUUAACCGUGCCAUGCUGUUUAACGUGGGCUUUAAAGAGGCCAUGAAGGACCUGAAGUGGGAUUGUGUGGUGUUUCACGACAUCGAUCACAUCCCAGAAAACGACCGUAAUUACUACGGCUGUGGUCAGAUGCCUCGACACUUCGCCGCCAAGCUUGACAAAUACAUGUACAUUCUUCCCUACAAUGAGUUUUUCGGUGGAGUCAGUGGACUUACAGUUGAACAAUUCCGCAAGAUCAACGGCUUUCCCAAUGCAUUCUGGGGCUGGGGUGGAGAGGACGAUGAUCUCUGGAAUAGGGUUCAUUAUGCAGGUUUCAAUGUGACCAGGCCAGAAGGUGAUAUUGGGAAAUACAAAUCUAUCCCCCAUCACCACAGAGGAGAGGUGCAGUUCCUGGGGAGGUACAAGUUGCUGAGAUACUCAAAAGAGCGACAGCAUCUGGACGGCUUGAACAAUCUCCAGUACUCUCCGGAGAUCUCUCUGAGCAGCCUGUAUAAGAACAUCACGGUCAACCUGAAUCCUGAGCUCGCCCCCAUAGCGGAGUACUGACAGGCCUUUGACCCUCCCGAGUCAAAAAAUGUGAUGUAUCUAUGCCAAAUGCCCUUAAAAAACCGGAGCGAGGAGGGCAGAGGCCUGUCUAAUGCACAGUUAGUUGCGUGACGUGAGUGUGUGUGUAUGUGUGCGAUUACUGGAUCAUAUCUGUGAUUAGCGUGACUGCGUGCGUUUAAUUGCAUGUUCCUAUGUCCAUGCUGGCUUUAGCGAAUCAGAUCACAACACAUUUCAAAAAAAAGGUGGGGAGUGCCAGCGUCAACAAAUCAGAUGUUUACUGCGAAGCCUUAAUUGAAUUUUAUAGGCUAUCAAACUCUGUAGAUCCAGUCAUCUGUGCUUACAUUGUAGAAAGCUUGGUUUUACAUUGCAACAGCACUCUUGACGCCAAUAGACGUUUUGUCAUCUUCUGUUAGUAUAAUUUUUGAUACAUAUCUAGCGUUUUUUUAAACUGAUGUCAAUGCCGUUUAAAUGGAUGUAUUUUAAAUCUGUUCUUCACUUCAGAUCGUUUUGUUCUCGUAUGACGAUAUACAUUUCACCUCGGUGGCGUGUUAUGGGUUUGUUUUUUUGAAAAUCCCAUGGCUAUACAGAAGGCUGUGACAAGUUGCAUGCAUAACCCAGACUCCCCUGUAAAUAUCUGGCCUUUUAAACAAUGCUUUAGCUUUGUUCCCCUCAAAAGACGCCUGUGAUUCCAGUGGAAACACUCUUCUUUUUGGCAGCUAUUUGUUGUUUUUGAUUUUUUUUAAUUUUAUUAAUUUUUAUCUUCAGUGAUUCGGGACACAUGACCGAAGGAAAAACAAAAUCAGCGAUGACUAGAAUGCAGGAAACUAAUCAAAAAUGACAUACAGAUAUUACUUGCUGCAUGCCUUAAUUUAUUUUUUGUUACGCGAUUAUUUUGUGUCUUAAACUUUGAUUUUUAGUCACCAUUGAAUGUGUUUUUUUUUUUUUUUUUUUUCGCAUUUUGUUAAUAGCAUAAUCAUUCUCAUGUCUCGCUUUUGAAGUGCACUCCAUAGUAGCGAAAGAAGAUGUGAUUGAGGUGUUUACGAGUCGGGCGGUCGGUCGGGUUCGCAGCUGCUAAAGCCAAAACGCCCUCGCGCAGGGUUUGGCGUGUGUCUCAACCUGUGUUUUUGUCUGUUUGUGUGUGAAGUACUGGGUGACGUUGCGCUCCGGUAGAGCCGAGAUGAGAGAGCGACGUCGCCGUUGUUCUUGAAAGGCAUUCGGAGUAAACUUGGGCCAUGACGACUUUAUGCUGUUAAAGUUUCGAGCAUUACAAGAUGUCAGAAAACUGACCUUUUGUUGGUACAUGUUUGCCUUUUGUAUAUAAUUUUCAUUUUUUGGAGUUGUCGAUAUAACAUUGCAUAAAUUUUUUUGUGUACAUUUUAAGUUAUCAUAUAUAAAUAUAUAUAUGUCCUGAAACUGCUGUUUCAUAUCCUCUCAUGCUGUCUGUGUGUGCGUAUGUGUGUGUCCACUCAGAAAAUUACACAUUGAGGGCAAGAUUUUGUCGCUAACUGCGAUGCUAACUUUCUGACACUUAAAGUUGAGACACAACUCACAAAAAUGUUUUUUUUGUCAGUUCUUUCCAUCUGCAUGUCUCUAAAGUGUAGUUGAGCCAUGGCUUCUCUUUGAUCUUUUUCUGAGUGGACGUCAUCAGUACAGCCCCCUCAUUUAUGGUGACCCCGACGUGAUCUCCAGUGCCCAGUCUGUUGUUUACAGUCUCUUCUUAAACCAUCAGACUUACAGUUAGGUCUAAUCAGACCUGUUUACUGUGGUUACGGGUUCCAAAAAAAACAUUUGACCAACUCAGACAAGGAAUCGAAGAAUGCUGUCAUGUACUGAAUAUGAUAUGGAGGGGCUACUGGUGCCAAAGUGCGCUUUUCCUCGUCUCUUUCGCUUUCCUCAUCUUUCUGCAUUGUAUAAUCAAAUGUAGCUCUAGGACAUCAGCUCCACCUAAACUUUUUGAUCCGGUCACAUUGAGUGUGUAUUCAAGUGAGUUUGUGUAUAUGUCCAGUGUGAGAGGAUUGUUGUAGACUGACGGCUGAAAAACCUCUCCACCGUACAGGGCUGAGAAAUUUACAUAAGCAAAGUUUAGGCAAAGUUCGCGUGAAAUAUGGAGAGCCGAGCUAUUGGUUUACGCCCUGUGUUUGUGUUGAGGCAGCCGGUGAAAUAUAACCACUUAAUAGGUGUUGUUUAAUGUACAAAUAGAGGCAUUAUAGACUGGGUUUAGGCUUUUGAGGAGGGAAGUGUGGCUUAUGAGCACUAGUUUCCAGAAUGCUCAAAUGAACAAGUGUCAUUCCACCUUCACAGUGCACUGUUUUCUUGUUUUGCAAGAAAUUAAGUCAUAAUUAGUCUUAUGCUGCAGUACGAAAAUAUGAAGUCAGAUAGGCCUAUUAGGGUUUAAUCUUUAGCUUUUGCACCACAGCGAAAUUUUCUUUAUUGGAUUCACAGAUUGGGACUGAAAUGUACACACAAGAUGCAUUAAAGUGGGAUGCAAUAUGAAUACUGAAUGUUAAGUUGUUGUUUUUAAUUUAUUUUUUUCUUUUGUGGUGGAGUAAUGCCCUGUUCCCCUCAUAUGAAGUGUUUUUUUUUUUUUUUUUUUGUAUGUAUGUAUGUAUGUAUAUGUGUAUGUAAAACAUACUGGUGAGACUGCUCUGGUGUGUUUGGAUCUGUUGGUUAGUCAGUUGUAGCUUUUGAGAAAGCUUCGUUCAGUGCUGUCUGCUAAUUUAGAUUCAUCUCAUCUCAUUUUUAACCCUUAACCCACCUCUCUCAUAGCUGCCCCAUCCUCUUGAGCUGUCUGAAAAUUAUCCAGAAGAAAUAAUAGAUAGAGAAUUUUAAAAGAUGAUUUAUUCACCAUUACAGAUCUGUAAUGUGUAGAGUGUUACAUUUUUGCAGUAUUCAUAUUCGUGCCUUGAUUUUUUUUAUUUUAUUAUUAUUAUUUUUUAUUUAAUUUUCAAUUUCGCAUUGUUGAGAUGUGCAGUGGGGUGCGUGUGGAUGGUGUUUAAAAAUAAAACUGGGUGCACAUUUGCAUUUUCUUUUACUCGAAGCUUUUAUUUCGAUCUGGAGCUGUGUCUUUAAAACUAAAAUUUCUGCUGGUCGUUGAAUGGGAACUGAAAAACAUUGAGUUUGACUUUCUUCAAUGUUGAGGGUCCACUUUAACUGUAACACCAGUAUGGGAAGCAGAUUGUGUUGAGAUGUCAGCUGCUUUGACUGAUGUACAAUCCUGGUUUCAGACUUCUCUUUUGUUUUGUUUUGUUUUUGUUGUUGUACCAGUCUAUUCACUGCGUUUCGCUCUGUAAUGAUCAUUAAAAGACUUUAUAGUUGAAAACUUA